AUGGUCGACAGCUACCCUAUUGGAACUCGCAGCGAAUGCGAACAGCUCGUCCGGGGCUGGGGUUUUAGCGUUGUUUUCACUUGGGUAGAUGGGAGUAAUACAUACUACCCUCCUCAUUCACACUCUGGGUUAACAACACAUCUCAUCCGUCAAGGGACCUUGACAAUCACAUACCCUGAUGACAACAUCAAACUGCACAAUGGGGAAAGCAAAAAGGAGACAUAUGGAGUGGGUAUGAGGGUGGAUGUGCCAGCUGGCAAACGCCAUGAGGUUUGGAUUGGUGGUGAUGGCUGCGAGUAUGUGAUUGGGGAAUAG